AUCAUCGUCUUCCUCAUUAUCACUUCGUUUGACUUGUGCAAGUCCAAACCCGAACAAGACGACCUGACCCCCCCCCCCCGACUCCAUGGCCGCCCCAAUUCCACUCCAUUCUGGUCAUGAACAACAGUGUUAUUCACGAAGUGAUCGACCUCUGGUACGAUUGGCCCAACGGAAGAAACUUCAACAUCAUCCAGCACCAGCUGGGGAAUGUCUUCCACGACCUCGAGUGGAACAACGGGGCUUCCUUCUUUUACACCCUCGAUUCCUCCAAAACCUGCAGCAGCGUUCAGCUCGAGGUCGGGAUUUUACGCCCCGACUGGCUCGACGGAGCUACGUACUUGGGUCAGCGAGAGGCGGACGGGUUCGUUUGCAAUGUGUGGGAGAAAGCGGAUUUCAUCACUUAUUUUGAGGAUGUGGUCACUAAGAGACCCGUUCUCUGGAUCUUCUACACCCGGAGGGAGGCGCAUGUGAUAACAUUUGAGGCGGGAGCAGUUCUUGAUGAUUCCAAGUGGCAAGCCCCCAUAUACUGCUUUCACAACACCACCAAAACCACCACCCACAGAUUGCUGGGUGGAGCUCUCAAAGGGAGCAUGAGCCAUCAGCCUCGGCUGGUAGCAGUUGAAGAACGCAGAAACCUCUGAAAACCCCGUGUAACCGACC